AUGGAGGGUGCAGUACAAUUGAAUAUCCUGGCUACACCAAUUGAAUUCUUCAAGGAUAUAAAGUCACCAAUUAAUACUAUUGCGGGCUUACCUUGGGUUUUAGAAGCCAAGUUGGAGUGCUCGGAACGGACGGAAUCCAUUGCAUACCUCAACAUCAGUGCAACCUGCAAUCCAGAAAAUGAGUCGAAUUUAUGGAGUUGUUACGCAACUGUGGAUUUUCAACUCGUAUCUCAGAAAUCGGGCACACCGAACUUCAGUCGUAAGGCACGUAUUAUUUCUAAUUAUUUCUUAACGCAGAAAUUGACUGGUGACACAAAAUCUAUGGGAAUCUCAUCCUUUAUGAAAUGGGCCGAUGUUUGGAAUGAUAAUAACGGAUACAGAAAUGGAAAUGAAGUGAUUGUGGAGGCACAUAUCAGUGUCCAAAAAACUGCUGGAAUCAGGCACAGUUUUAUUUUCAUCAAACCGUCUUUCGAUUUCACAGUUCCACAGCCACGUAUAUCGGAUGGAGUGAUUGUGAUUGGUGAUGUGCAUCUUCAUGUUAACAAAGGGUAUUUGGCAGUCUAUUCUCCGGUGUUUCGUGCGAUGUUCUUUUCGGAUUUUGUUGAACGAGACAAAGAUGAAAUCGUGAUUAAAGAUGUUAUUAUUGAAGAAUUCGUUGAAAUGUUGAAUGUCACUUAUCCAUCGCACAAACCUGUAUCGAAUGAAAAUGUUGAGUACUUAUUGGAGUUAAGCAAUAAAUUCGAAGUUCAAUACGUUAUGGAUGAAUGCGAGGAUUAUCUGUUGCGAUCUGAUGAGGUUGAAAUAAUGACCAAACUGAUUUGGGCUGAUCAAUAUCGUCUGGCGAAACUUCAGGAUGCAUGUAUUCGUAAAUUCAAAACUGCUCAAGAAAUAAAGGCGUUGUCAAAAAGCGAUAAAUAUAAGAAGCUUGGUGAUACAACUAAGUUGGCAUUAUUAAAUAAAAUGUUCAAACUUGUUUGA